UCAGAACAAUAUAUAGAAAACAUGUUUCUGGUGAUACAAAUGAUAUUGGGAACAAAUUUCAUAAAGCAAGUAACUGGUAAUUCUGUACAGAUUGGUGUGCGGAGAUUUCCUGACAAAGGUCAUGAGUUCUUCAGUAUUGCAAAUGCAUUAUUUCCACUCAUGACUACAUUCAGUUUUGUCUUCAUAAUGCCUGCCAUGCUCAAACGAGUUGGAGAAGAAAAAACUAAGUGGUAUAAAGAGUAUCAGAGACCGAACCCUGGAGUACCCCGCCCUGACAGGGAUUGGGGCACUGAUGCACCCGCCUACACGCACUUCCUGUUCUUGGCCUGA